AUGUCACAACUUCAUGCAUUCAUUUUUUAUAUAAGUACUGAAAUUGAAAUCAAUGAUUCAAUUGAUCGUUUAUCUGAUAAUGAUAUUCAACAAACGUUUACAAAUAUAGGUUAUUAUCGAAUAGCUUGUGCUGUAAAUUAUUACCGUAAAUCCAAAGCAAUAUGUCAUAUUUUCUCACUUCCGUUCAUAUUUGAUCGUCUUAUCAAGAUCUGCAGUCAUUUUCCAGCUGUGAUAUAUGAACAUGUUACGGAACUGACAAUACUUGAUGACAUUCUAUUUAAUUAUGAAUUUAUCGUGCGUAUUAGGAAGGCUUUCCCAUCGCUGGAUGAUUUGACCAUUAUCAUUCUUCAACCUCCAUCAGAUGAGUUUGGUCAAGAUGAACUUAGAGAAAAUCAAUCAAGUGCAAUUAUGAAAUACCUUCAUCUUAGUGGACUUACCACUUUGUAUAGAAGUGAUGACUAUUUGCGAGAGAACUUUACCAGAGAUACAACAUGA